UUUGUUAAGAAGCAAGGUUUUCGUAAGUUUGUAAAUGGAAUAUUACCUGAGUUUACAAUUAGUGCAGAUACAAUAAAAAGAGAUAUAAUGAAGGCUUAUGAUAAAAGAAAAGCUAUAAUUAAAGCAAUUCUUCAGAAUGCAGAAGGAAAAAUCUCUCACAAUCCAAAG